AUGCCAGGCGUCACAAAGAGAAAGCUUCCCAAAGACGCCGCCGUUGCGGCUGGCGCGUCUUCAAAGAAAGCGCGACCAUCGAAUGCGCCUGCGAAGAAAGUCCAGAAGAAGGCUGCACCACCACCAGAAUCCGAACCCAGCGAAUCCGACCGAGACUCUACGGACGAUGGAGAAGAAGAGGAUGUAGCGGAUGAUGCUACUCCAGAGGAAGAAGCCGGUUCCUCUACCGCCGCCACCGCAGACGCACCGAAGAAGACCUUCCGAGACCUCGGAAUCCGCGAAGAACUAUGCGACACGGUAGAAAGUCUCAACUACAAGAACCCAACUCCCAUUCAGGAACAAGCUAUACCUCUUGCCCUCGAAGGCAGAGAUGUGAUUGGACUGGCCGAGACAGGUUCCGGAAAGACGGCGGCAUUCGUCCUACCCAUACUCCAGUCGCUGCUCGAGAAGCCUCAACCGCUCUUCGGAUUGAUCCUGGCGCCUACUCGAGAAUUGGCAUACCAAAUCGCACAGCAGGUGGAUGCGCUAGGUAGCAUCAUCAACGUCAAGUGCGCGACGCUGGUGGGAGGUAUGGACAUGGUCCCUCAGGCUAUCGCCCUUUCCAAGAGGCCGCACAUCGUGGUGGCUACUCCAGGUCGCCUGCUCGACCAUUUGGAGAACACCAAGGGCUUCUCGCUCAAGCACCUCAAGUACAUGGUGCUCGACGAAGCCGAUCGUCUGCUCGACCUGGACUUUGGUCCAGUACUAGACAAAAUCCUGAAAGUCCUUCCCAGGGAAGGACGCCACACCUACCUCUUCUCCGCCACCAUGUCCUCCAAAGUAGAGAGUCUACAACGCGCAGCCUUGCAGAACCCGGUCCGUGUGAGCAUCAGCAGCUCGUCACAUCAAGUCGUCUCGACCCUCCUACAAAGAUACAUCUUCCUCCCCUUCAAGUGGAAGGAUCUGUACCUCAUUCACCUCCUCAACGACAACAUCGGCCACCCAACCAUCAUCUUCACGCGCACGGUCAACGAGACACAGCGUAUAUCCGUUCUUCUCCGCACCCUUGGCUUCGGAGCCAUCCCUCUACACGGUCAGCUAGGCCAAUCCGCUCGUCUCGGUGCACUCAACAAGUUCAAGUCCAAGAGUCGCGAUAUUCUCGUGGCCACCGACGUAGCAGCCCGUGGUCUCGACAUCCCCGCCGUCGACCUCGUUGUUAACUUCGACCUGCCAAGCGAUUCCCAGACCUAUGUCCAUCGUGUUGGUCGAACAGCCAGAGCUGGAAAGUCUGGUAAGGCUGUUUCGUUUGUCACACAGUACGACCUUGAGAUCUGGCUACGCAUCGAAAACGCGCUUGGCAAGAAGAUCCCGGAAGAGGUUAUCAACAAGGACGAGGCGAUGGUGUAUGCGGAGCGUGUUGGUGAUGCACAGAGGAUCGCCGUAAGGGAGAUGAAGGACUACCAUGAACAGCGAGGUAGCAGGGGCGGUCGCGGUGGGCGAGGUGGAGGAAGAGGAGGUCGUGGCGGGGGUGCAAGGAGAGGACGCGAUCAGAUGGAUACUGAGGAAGGUUAA